UUGAUUCGUCGUGUCCUUUCAAGAAAAACCACAUUCUUGUCAGACUCGUCAUACAGGCUUGUCAUGGUGAAUAAUACGCAUGACAGUUUGUGCUUUCUUUAUGUUGUUACCAAGUUUCCUCAACUACAAAUUGAAACAUCGGUACCGGGACAAUGGCGAACUCCAGCAGUCUGAGGCAGGCCAACACAAAUACUGGAAGGCAGAGGAAGAGGAACAUCAUCGUAAAUGGAGAGACUCGCUCUCAGAAGGAAGAGAAACCACCAGUUCCUUCCCAGAAGAAAAAGAAGAUAAGAAUGACCAUUAGUAAGAUCUUCAUCAACAUUUCCAUCGGGUUGUGCAUUUUCAGCCUCGUCUGGUUCUCCUACGCCCUGUACAUGCGCUCGGCCUUGUCCAGGAGAGCAGUGACGCUUCAUCCUUCACCUCGGGUCUUAGAUGCAAACAGCACCACAGCUGCCGUGUCUCCCGAGAGGUUCUGGGGCUCGUAUCGGCCGCAGGUUUAUUUCGGCAUGAAAACAAGGAGUCCGAGAUCUGUCGUGACAGGCUUGAUGUGGAUGAGUCAAAUCUUGGACAAUGACGUGAAGCUGAGGCACACGUGUGAGCAGGGGGAUGGAUUGAGUUCCUUUGGCUGGCUGAUGCACGACGCAGUUAAUUUUGGCAUGCAGCAGAUCCGGGACACCGAUUUCACCCUGACGACGACCUUCGUGAAACGCCUGGGAGGGGAACACGGUGGGGACUGGACCUGGAGAAUCACAGGCAGGCAGCACAGCACUUCCCCUCAUGCGCCGGUCAUCUCACUGAUGUUCUACGUGGCUACAGAUACCCAGGGUUCCCUGCAAGCUCACAUAGAGAAUAGGACACGCCUGAGCCAUGUUACAGGCACUUCAGAGGAACUAGGAGACUUCAAAAUCACUUUCAGCAAACCUACCAACAGAGAGGAGGCUACCAAUAAAUACGCCAGCUAUAAUUACUUGCAGACGCUGAGCCCUGGUCUGGACCAAUUAACAGACAUCGUGAAGAACAGCCUGAGUCGCAGAUUUGUUUUUAGUCCAUCCAGUGCCGAGAAGAGGCUUUACAUUGCUGUGGAUACCUACAGACCUCCUCCGCAAGCGCAAAAAGAUAACUGCAUCCAGAGUGACUUUGUGGUGCACCAGGUUACUGUCCAGGUUCCCUUCCAGAUUGAGGUUUUGUUUGAGUCUGGAAGUUUCCAUGACCGACCCAACCAGUUGAAGGGCUCGGUGCUGACUGAGGAGCUUACGAGACUGAAGUUGUCUUACAAUGAGAAGUUUGAGAAGACGUUCGGACUUGAGAAUAAAGGGUUUACUCCAGCCCAGGUGAGGUUUGGCAAGGCUGCUUUAAGCAACAUGCUUGGUGGUAUGGGCUACUUUUUUGGACAGUCAGUGGUGCGGUCACCAUAUAGCGAGCACCCCAUAUUUUACCCAGAGGGUGCCUUGUUCACUGCUGUGCCCUCCCGCUCCUUCUUCCCAAGGGGUUUCCUGUGGGACGAAGGCUUCCACCAGCUCCUCAUCCGUAAGUGGGACCCCCAGGUGACGCGGGAGGCUCUUGCUCAUUGGUUGGACUUGAUCAACGUGGAGGGCUGGAUCCCACGUGAACAGAUCCUGGGUGAUGAGGCGCUCAGCAAGGUCCCUUCAGAGUUUGUAGUGCAGCACACUGAAAAUGCAAACCCUCCUACAUUCUUUCUCGUCCUGGAGGAGUUUUUGGAGCACCUUGAGGCGCAUCCAGGUGCACCACAAUUUCGGAAUUCUCUACCUUUCCUCCGAAGGUUGUACCCCCGACUGCAGACUUGGUUCGAGUGGUAUAACACCACUCAAGCUGGACCCUUGCCCAACUCCUACCGUUGGCGUGGCAGGGACAAGGACACCAACCUCUUCCUCAACCCUAAGACCUUGACUUCCGGGCUGGACGACUACCCCCGUGCAUCACACCCUUCUGAGGAUGAAAGACAUGUGGAUUUGUACUGUUGGAUGGUGCUUGCAUCACGGACCGUGACGAGCAUGGCGCGACUCCUCGGAGAACCCCAUCAGGAAUACGAGCGCACCUACCUGACCCUCAGCAACAACAGCCUCCUGAGUGAGUUGCACUGGUCUGAGCAGCUUCAUGCCUUCUGUGACUAUGGUAACCACACUCAGGCUGUAUCACUGCAGCAAGAAAAGGUUGUUGUGCCACCUGGACAGAUGAGGCACCAGUUACCAGUAAAACGCCUGGUGCGGUCAGUACGCAAAGCCCCAAAGCUUCAGUACGUCAAUGCGCUUGGCUACGUUAGUCUGUUUCCAUUCUUGCUUCACGUCCUGACACCUGACUCCCAAAAACUCGAGCACAUUUUGAAAGACAUUCGAGAUCCUGCUCGCUUGUGGACACCCUAUGGCUUGCGCUCACUUUCCCGUUCAGAUCCAAUUCAUAUGAAGCGCAAUACAGAGCAUGAUCCCCCUUACUGGCGUGGUGCUAUAUGGAUCAACAUCAACUACCUGGCACUAAGGGCGCUGCGCCAUUACAGCAGUAUAGACGGACCAUACCAGGAGAAGGCUUCUGAUCUCUAUCAAGAGCUCAGGACUAACGUCAUCAAUAACAUUUACAAACAGUACCAUGAGACUGGAUAUAUCUGGGAACAGUACAGUGACGGCACAGGUCGGGGACAGGGUAGCCACCCUUUCACAGGCUGGUCAGCUCUGAUUGUACUCAUCAUGGCUGAAGAAUACUGACUCCCCUGCAGGUGAUAUACCUUUUAUACAGUAAAUCAAACUUUCACCAAAAUGUAAUAUCAGAAAAAAUAUUUCAGUUUUCAAACUUCUUUAACGUGAUAAAUCUAUGCUCAGGUGUGAAUUGCAAUGGGAUGUAAGAGAAGGGUAUGGAAUUCUGGUGUGCUCAAGAGAAUAAAUCAAUACCAACCAGCAAGAUCCUGUUUUGUUUUUUUCCCCUGUAUUGAACAUCGAAAGACUUCAAAAAAGAUUGAAAACUGCUUCAGAUCAGAUUGUCAAAAUGUUAAAAAAACAACCUUUAAUCAGAUGUUGAAAUUGGCUCAAUUAAAAAGAGAUUUUAAAUUUUAACCUCACAUAACCUCAUGCAAAUCCCAAGGCAAGAAAUAAGGUGGUUUCUAGCAACCCCUUCCUGACCCAUGGUACGCACUGAAGCCAGAUCUUAAGGUUUUUGACAGUCUUCAUGGAUAAGGCUGAUUGAGCAAGCUCAACCAACAACAAUGAAACUGUAGAGCUUAGCCCAGUCCAUGACAUUGUCUCUCCACCCUGACGAGUGAAGGCCAACAACUGACGUCAACUGACCAAUUUUUUUGUUGCACAUUGUUUCCA